AUGAGUAUUUUCGUAGAGUUAAGUGAUUUACGGAAAAUAAGUAAAAGCACGAAUACAUCUACUACAAUUCCCUACACCUACGAACACGACGCAUGGAAGGCGGGCGGCCGUCUCGAUUGGCGUAUGGCUACAGGAUUCGAGGUGCACGUCGUCUCCAUCGCAAGCCGGGGGAAGGUUUUGGUACACGCGGCCCUGGUGGGUUUGCUGCCACAACUCAGCUUCUCAAAGCCGGGCGUGGUAACGUGGCUCGAGCAGAAGGUGCAUCAUCACGUCAUUCUCGUCGAGGAGCCCUCUGGAGCUGGUGCAGCUGAGCUCAUAAAUUCGACUUUGGCGGACAGCGUGUCGUCGUACGUGCAGGGUCUCGUCCUCUCGGAGGACUCGCCUCCAAGGAACACCAGCGCAGAAACAUGCAGCCAGAAGGGGGGGACAGAAGUAAUUGGCGUGCAGAAUACACCUGACGGUGUGCAGAACCGUCCUGACUUCAGCUGCACCCGCGGCCCACAAGCUCCACGUCUUAGCUACAGCAAGGGCGAUGCCGGAUGUAGACGCGCCACCAGCAGUAUCGAGGGCCGCAACCGAGCGCUGCCGCGGCAUGGAACCUGGGUCAUCAUUGAUGCGGACGAAAGCCAGAAGCUGCUGCCACCGCUGCAGCGGCUGCCGUGCCCUCAGGCCCCAUCCGCGCUCAGCCACCCGCAGCCGCCAGCAUCUGGGACAUUGCUGCCGGCACCCCCACAGCAAUGCAGUGACUACUACUACGACGACGACGACAACGGCGAUGGCUACAACUGCGCUAUUGAUGUCCAUAUCCCAUCUACAAGCACAAGCUCCCCUAUACAUGCAGUCAGCAGUGGACUCCUAAGCUCAGGCUGUACUAGGAAAUCCGCUGGGGCGGCGGCGCCCCUGCCGCCACCUCCGCCUAGCACUACACUUUUUGAAUCUCUUGUGGCGACGGCGCCGCCGCGUCGGUGCCUCGCCUACGUCCAGAACGUGCAUUUCCUGCCCUUGGGUCCCAGUGGGACGGGCCCACGUCAUGACGGCCUGUUGGCUGCCUGGGCGCGUCUGGGUGCCGUUCUAGCGGUGUCGGAGUUCAUUGCCUGUUAUGUACGGCAGCACUGGCCUCGGCAGCUGGCGGCUGCAGGUGUAGCGGCGACGCCAAUGCCGCCAGUGCGCGUGGUACCGCUGGCUACGUGGCGCGUAUUCGGGGCGCCUCCUUUCCCCGAUUUGGCUGCCGAGGCGCUCCCGCGGCUGGCGGCCUGGCGAAAUUCAUAUAAUUGUUAUUAUCGGCACCAGCGCCAGCACCAGCUGCCUGAUUCGUCGUGCUUGGCGCCUUCAUGUUCCUACCGGGGCUCAGGGUGUAGCUCAGCAGCAGCACCCGCAAUUGCAGUUAAGGGGGAUCCGUUGCCGCAGUCGGUCGACCGAAUGAAGAGGGGCCCGUAUGACUUGGUGAUGGAGGCGGAGGCCGCAGCCAGCCCGGCGGCGGAGGCCGCAGCCAGCCCGGCGGCGGAGGCGGCAGCCGGCCCGGGGGCGGGAAUGGCUGUGACAGACGCAGUAGUGGACGUGGCCGUUCUUAAGUUUACACGGGAGAAGGGGGCCGCUGUGGUGUUGGAGCUGGCGCGGCUGGCGGGCCGGGGGGUACGGUUCCGGGUAGUGUCAGGCGACCCAGCAGCCGCCGAGAUAUUGGCACCGCUUAUGCGGUCUGGAGCAGCGCCGCAAGCAGCAGCAGCAGCAGCAGCAGCAGCUGGGACCGCGGCUCCCCUGGAGCUCUGGGAGCCGCAGCCCGACGUGAGCCGCGUGCUGCGGGGCUGUGUGGCGGUGCUGGCUCCAAGUCUGUGGCUGGAGGCAUGGGGCAUGGUGGUGACAGAGUCGCUCUUGCGGGGACUGCCAGUUUUGAUUAGCGAUCUAGGUAGGGGGCCGUCACGCAAGAGGCAUGGAGGGGGCGGGGGCUCGGGGGAGGUAGCGCAGCAGCUCGCGCUGGUGCUGGGAGGUGGCCUUGCGGAGGCGGGUAUGGGCCUCUGCCACGCAGUGCACGUAGAGCCCAUCCGGAUCCCGCUCGACGGUGAUGGCGUGCCUGAUUGGGCUGCCAGGACGUAUCCUAAACAGGACAUUGACGCGUGGGAGCGCGCGCUGUUGUCGCUCCUGCUGGGCGAGGAUGGGAAGGGUGCUGGGGCCUGCAGUGCCAUCGGCCCGGGGGGUAGCAGCAGUGCUUGCUGCGAUGGUGACGGCAGUGGUGGUGGCAAUGACGGCAGCGGCAGCAGCGGCGUUGAUGAGUGGGAGCGGCUGAGCCGUAUUGGCCGGGAGGCAGCUCUGGCGCACGUGUCUCGUGCAGAGGAGUUUCUGGCAGACUGGCUGACGUGGCUUGAUGACCUGGCCAUGGAAGGAGAGGGCAGUCUAUGA